GAGAGAUACCAGGAGUGUGAUGGUUUGCACUCCUAUCCAGGCAGUUAGGGAGGGAGGGAGUGCAACAGAGAGUUGGUGAGAUGAUGAGUGUUCGGAAACCGGUCCAUAUGGAUGGAUAAAAGAGAAAAAGGCGACAAAGGGAGAAAAAGAAAAAUCCCAUCAGCAUCCCUGUAAGGACUAAUCUCUGUGGACUCAGGAGGGAAAGAACGUCUGUCAGUUGUGUGACCCUCGUGUGUUCAUCAAUAUUCAAUCCCACUUCUUGGAUUACUGCUGGAGGGGGCAGAAGAUAAACCGGCAGUUUCUAUCAGUCGACCUAGAUUGUUUGUACAGCGUGGUGUGUGGACCAGCACCGGAGCAUCUGUGUUUACCCUGCAUGGUCACUCUGAGAACGAUGUCGGACUGAAGGACGGACGGAUGAUGUUACAUGCAGAUCCUGCUUUCUAAAGUCCAGUUCUUGUCUGGGAUCUUCUUUUUUUUUUUUUUGCAAAAUCUACACGACGGCCUCUUUCUGCCUCAUGAACUCCCUGCCACUACCUCCUGAGGAUGACCUUCCGCUGAAUCGCUGAAUCAACCCCCCUUCCAUUUUCCGUGCACACAUAAACACGAGUGAUCACCAGUGUCACGGCGAUCACACAUGUCACGCGAUUGGACACACGUGCACUGUAAUAAUCUGCUCUGCUCAUGUCAUCCCCCCAGUGAUUGAGGGUUCAGCAUGUUGAGGGGCAAACUGGAGACCUAUGCUCGAUUUACAAGUCAAUGGCGGCUGGAGCCAGGCGUACAGAGACUGAUGAGAGAGGUGGAGAGUGAAGGCCUGUUCCAUUAGUACUCCCAGGGGAGACAUGGGCCUGGACACUGCUCGGACGCAUUGACCCCUCCUGGACAGUUUCUGGACAUUACUAUGGUGUAAACUGGGGAAUCUACCUGACAAACUCUGCCCUCUUGGAGUACAAGCUAAUGGAUGUAACGAUUUUUUGUAUAUACAGAUCUGACAAUACUAUUCUCACUGAAGAAAAAAAAAAAGCAAAAAGCGAGGAUUUGGAUCGUACUACGAGCAGUACAUUCCAGUCCUGCUCAGGGGAAAGAGUCUGUGUUUCUUUGUUUUCUUGGUUGGCUGCGUCUCUCCUGCCUGGGAAUAUCAUGAGAUUAUAAACAGGAGGUGGCUCCGACAUCUUAGCCCUGUUCCACUCAUCCAUCAGCGCUCGCGCCAUCACCAAACAAACAGAGGAAGAAUCUGAGAAACACUGUAGAGAACAUUAGCCUAUAUUCUUUAACAUUCACUGGGUGCAGGUGGCUGAUUCCUUACUUUUCUUGCCAUUGAGGUCAGGGGAAAAAGAAGCUAGCAGCCCGUUGACAGUCCCUGGUGAGACAGACAGGUGCUUUUCUGGCUGUCAGCCUCUCCGGGAAGGAAAGGAAAGGAAAGGCCUCGCUGGGGGUCUCUGCUGGAGCGGAAACACUUUUCUAAAGGCUAUGUUUGGAUGUGAUGUUUGUCUCUGCGGAUGCAACAUGGACUCUAUGGCCUGAUUACACAGCCCUGGAAUUCAGAUAGUGCUGGAGGGAAGGGAUAAUGCAUAUCCUUCCCAGCCCUGAACAAGAAGCCACCAUGAGCAACGUCACGGUCACCGACAACACUGAACCCAUCAGCCGCACCAUGAGUCCGGCAACCCCCAGCCCGUAUCCCUAUCCUGUCAGUUUUCAGGUCUCCCUGACUGGCUUCCUCAUGCUGGAAAUCCUCCUGGGCCUGAGCUCUAACCUCACUGUCCUUGCCCUCUACUGUAUGAAGUCGAACCUCAUUAGUUCUGUCAGUAACAUUGUCACUAUGAACCUCCAUGUUUUGGAUGUGCUAGUCUGUGUGUGCUGCAUCCCCCUCACCAUUGUGGUGGUGCUGCUUUCCCUGGAGGGAGACACCGCUCUCGUCUGCUGCUUCCAUGAAGCCUGUGUCUCCUUCGCUAGUGUCGCCACUGCUGCUAAUGUGCUUGCCAUCACCCUUGAUCGCUACGACAUCUCAGUUAAACCAGCCAACCGGGUGCUGACCAUGGGCCGUGCCCUGGCCCUGCUGGCUGCCAUUUGGGUGCUAUCCUUUAUUAGUUUCCUCGUACCCUUUAUUGAGGUGGGCUUCUUUGCCCAGGGCCAUGCUGACCUGAACCAGACAGCGGUGGAGAAUGUCGUCCACACUAAUCAGUACUACACAGAACUUGGCCUCUAUUACCACUUGCUUGCUCAGAUCCCUAUUUUCUUCUUCACUGCCGUUGUCAUGCUGAUCACCUACUCAAAGAUCCUGCAGGCGCUCAAUAUUCGCAUUGGCACACGUUUCCACGCCUCACAGAAGAAGAAGGCUCGCAGGAAAAAGCGACCAUCCAUGACGGCCAUGACAACGCAGCAAGAGGCCACGGAUGGAUCCCAAAGCAGCGGCAGCCGCAACCCCACAUUGGGUAUGCGGACCUCUGUGUCUGUCAUCAUCGCCCUGCGCAGGGCUGUUAAGCGCCACAGAGAGAGGCGAGAGCGCCAAAAGAGGGUUUUCAGGAUGUCCCUCCUGAUUGUGUCUACCUUUCUGCUGUGCUGGACGCCCAUCACAAUACUCAACACAGUCAUCCUGAGUGUGGGUCCCAGUGACCUAAUGGUCAAGUUGAGACUGGGCUUCCUGGUCAUGGCCUAUGGGACCACUAUCUUUCACCCUCUACUCUAUGCCUUCACAAGGCAGAAGUUCCAGAAAGUCUUGAAAAGCAAGAUGAAGAAGCGAGUGGUGUCGAUCAUUGAGGCGGAUCCUACUCCAAACAAUGCCAUUAUCCACAACUCCUGGAUCGACCCAAAGAGGAACAAAAAGGUGACAUUUGAGGACAAAGAUGCCCGACAGAAAUGCCUGUCUUCUGAGGACGUGGAGUAGAGGAACUCAUUACCUUUAGGAUCAAUUAAAGCAGCUAAAACUGACAUCAGGUCAUGAUGAAAAAGGGAAAAUGUUAAUCCAAAGCAGUAAUGUAAAUAAUAUGUGCAAUAGAAUGUACAAAAACAAAAAGUGGAUAAUUUAUUACUAUUUAUUGAGAAUAAAUGUAGGUUUCAUAGACACACCAUAUACUGUACUGUAGAUAUUGCAUGGCUUUUUGUAAUGGUAGCAACAUACAGUACUUUGUGUACAUACAUAAUAUGUGCACAGCUUAGGGUAAACAAGGUAUAUUUAGAGAGAGAAAGUAGGAAUUGUUAUGUAUAUGUAUAUUUAUAAUAAAUUUUGUGUUCACUCACAUAACGCGGCAAAAGGCGUCCUAUUCUCCCCUCCCCCAAGUGUUUGUGAUUCUGUAACAGCUGUGAGAUUACUCCCAUUCAUCACAAUGCCACUUGCUCUGACAGCAGACCCUGCAAUCCCGAGUGACCACUGACUUUAUUGUCUGUGAGCCCCCUGAGGGAAGGCCCUCGCGCUGAAAUACAACUAUAGGUGUGAGGAUGCACCAAUGACAGACAGGUCAAACACAGAGAGAUGGAAAGGAAGUAGCAAAGCAGUGUAUGUUAUGUUGCCAUAACUAAAAAAGCUAUGGGGGAACUGUUCACGAUCACUGCUCCUACAGUUUAAGAACUCUUACAUUCCACAGACACAACAGGACACCAUGGUUCAUCGCAUCGUUUGACGUAAACCAGAUGUAAUCAAAGCCUAGUCUGCUUCACCUCAACAGUCACGUCUGUGAGCCAAAUGGAAAAUCUACAGCUGUCUUAUUUUGGUAUGAUGAAUUGAGCCUGACUUCACGGUGGGACAGGGACCGUGACGAGGACAGCUUCACACUGAGCACAAUGAAAACAAUAAAUAUUGUUAUAAUUCUCAAAAAACAAGACCAGAAUCCUUAGAUGUUACCUUUUAGAGAGAAGUUAUUAAAUCAAACUAAAGGGAAAGGUGGGGAAUGGGUGUCUGUUUCGAAUAACACCAGCCUAACAACGAGGCUCUACAUUACAAGUAAGAAAAUCCAUAACUGCAAUAAAGAACAACUGCACAAAAUAUUAAAACAUUAUUAAAGCCUAAAAAAACAUCAUUUUUUCAAUUAACAAUAACCCAAUAAAAGAUUCUGUUUACAACACAGAACAACACAUAAUGAAGCUCUUCUUUGCUGCCUGUGCACGUCUACCAAUAGUGCAUGUUCUCCUUUGUUUGUCAAUGAAUGAGACAGUGAAAUUGUAUUUCCCAGGUGGCUGUUACUGGUAGAUUAUAACGCAGCCAGCCUUGAAUGUUCAGCUCAAUAUAUCUACAAACCAAGUUUGCCCUAAAUAAGUUGGAAUAAUUUAUUCACACAGCUGCAGAAGAAGUUCAGCAGUGGGAAUCCGAAAAAGGGAAAAACUGUCAGCUUAUGACACUCAGUCCGCGCUCUAACAGUGAAUCUAGAUUACGAUAUACAUUAGCAUAUAAAGCCAUGCUUAGCUAGCCUGUCGGCUCUCUUCAUUACAAUCCCAGGGUCAAGGAUUAGAUUCUAUCCAAGAUCAGGACAGAUACGGGGAACUCACAUGCAUACAUAAAGGCACACAUACACAAAUGUAUAUGCACACUGUGCUCCGCAGUAUAUCUCAGUAAUGAGCUUAUUACGCCCUUGCUGUCUCAGGUACAGUAGAAAAUUGAAGAGCCCUUUAGAUCCUGGGAGCACAGGGCUGUUGGCUACCAGAGCGAUUACACAACCUCGAUCAGAUGCCUCUCUGACUGCCAGUGUGUGGUUUUGUAGCACAACAGAGAGGACUGAUAUGGGAAUAUUGAUGCAGGCAAGGUUCUUUAUGACCCUGCUGUAAACAGGCAGCGUGCAUGUCACGGUGCCUCGAGGGCAUGUCUGUGAUUGAGAGUGGAGAUGGAAUCACAGCCAGCAACAGAUUAGCCGACGGGGGAGGGAAAAUGACCUACGAGAUGAGAAACUGAGCCACAGGAUAAAUUUAACAAAUAUGUAUAUGAAUCCAACUUUGAGAGGGGAAACUUUAACGGUCAGGAAUCAAUAUACGAAUGUACAGACGUAUUUCUGUUACCGCCAUAGCAAUGAUUCACAACUACCGGCUGUGUUCCAGUCCUGGUGACAGAUAAUUUAGACCUCUGCUCAAAUGUCAGGUACUAUUCCAAACUUCAUCAGUGCUACUGGAAAAAAUCAUUUGUAUCGAUUGCCUUCUAAAAUUACCUCUCAAAGACCAAUACUGAUUACACCCACUACUAUUAUUUUGAGGUCACAGUUUGUUUUCCAUCCUGAGGUGCAGCCACACUGACUAAAGCCAAAAAAAGGUCUCUCAAGCACAACGAACAUAGACUGUUGAUCUGACUGAACUGCCAUUAUUCAGUCCGACAUUCACUUCUUGUUAGUCAUUUUCUGUGUGGGAAGGGAGGAACUUUGCUCUCACUAAUCCAUUUCAGCUGAGACUGAAGCUGUGCAAGUACUAGUGGGGCCACUUAACUUCCA